AUGCUGGACAUUAUCUCAGAAAGCAGGCCGAAUGGCCUGGGAACUCUUGGACUUGCUGUUGCUACCUUUGCAACCUAUCUCGUCUUGAAUGCCCUCUACAACCUUUACCUACAUCCUUUGCGAAACUUCCCUGGACCGAAGCUAGCAGCUAUUGGUCCUUACUAUGAAUUCUACUAUGAUGUCAUAAAGGAUGGAAUGUUUUUAUGGGAGAUGGAGAGGAUGCACCAAGUGUACGGUCCUAUUGUUCGAGUCAAUGCCAACGAGCUUCACAUUCGUGAUCCACACUACUACAGCACCGUGUAUGCUGGCAACCACCGAAGCACAGACAAAUACUACGAUGCAGUGGCCGCGUUUUCGGUCCCGCAAGCCAGCCUCGCUACCAUACACCAUAAAGUCCAUCGGUUACGGCGCUCGAUUCUGAGCCCGUACUUUUCCAAGGCUGCCGUUACUCGGCUUGAAUCAGCUAUCAACGAGCGGAUCGAGCGGAUGUGUUCGUGCUUAGAGGAGACCAUGCAACGUGGAGAGGUUGUUGAUUUAGACGCUGGAUUUGCCGCCCUCACUGCCGACAUCGUGACGACGUAUUUCUAUGGACAGAACUUUGACUAUCUUGGGAAUGAAGGUUUCAAGUUCGAAGUGAGAGAAGCUAUUCUAGGGCUGAUUCAGUUCUACCAUUUUACGAGGUUCUUUCCAUGGGUCGCAAAUACCAUCAAGAAAUUGCCUAUUCCGAUCAUGCGGUUGAUCCAUCCAGGGGCCUCGUAUCUUGUCUCCUCUCAGGAGGAUAUCAAGACCAGCAUUCGCGCAUCUCUGGACAACGGAGACAAAGCAGAGGCCAAGUCCGUGAUUGUGCAAGCACUAGAAGACCCGACCAUUCCCCCCCAGGAGAGAACACUCGACCGCCUAGGAGAUGAAGGUACAACGAUCAUCUUCGCAGGCACGGAAACAACGGCAAGAGCUCUCAGUGUUGGCAUGUUCCAUAUCUUGAACGACAAGACCAUUCUAAAUAAGCUGCGCGAGGAGUUAGACACUGUGCCGAGUGUGGAGAACGGUGUCUACUCCCAUGUUCAACUCGAAUGUCUCCCUUAUCUGACCGGAGCGGUUCAAGAGAGUCUUCGGCUUUCCCAUGGCCCAGCAAUCCGACUCCCCAGAGUUGCGAAUGACAAGGCAUUGGAGUACGGUGACUAUAUAAUACCGCCGGGUACUCCUGUCAGUCUAUGUACCGUCCUUGUCCACCAGGACCCGUCUAUCUUCCCAGACCCCCAUCGGUUUGAUCCUGAGCGCUGGAUCAGAGCGUCUAAGGAGGGUAUCAACCUUGAUAAGUUCAUCGCUGCUUUUACGAAGGGCACUAGACAGUGUCUCGGAAUCAAUUUGGCAUACGCGGAAAUGUACAUGACCUUUGCCAAACUCAUUCGCACCUUCAAUAUGGAGAUAUACGACACCACGGUAGAUGAUCUCACGGUGCAUCAUAUUCGACUGACCGGAGCACCGAAGCACGGAACAGGGGAGGUGAAGGUAAAAGUUACGGAAAGGAUAUGA